ACAACAUUUUAAUAUACAUGACAAAGCCGAAAGAAGACCGAAAACGAAAAGUAAGGCCCUCUAACUUUUCUAACAAGACGACCAUAGCACGAAAAGAGCUGCACAAUGAGUUCCAUUGGAACUGGUUAUGACCUGUCUGCCUCCCAGUUCUCCCCGGACGGACGAGUGUUUCAGGUGGAAUAUGCCCAGAAAGCAGUAGAAAAUAGCGGGACUGCUGUCGGCAUCAGAGGAAAAGAUGGUGUGGUGUUUGGUGUUGAGAAGCUGAUCACAUCCAAACUGUACGAGAGUGGAGACAAUAAGAGAAUAUUGAACGUUGACAGACAUGUUGGUGCCGCUGUCGCAGGUUUGAAUGCUGAUGCUCGCCAUCUAGUGGAGAGAGCGAGAGAGGAGGCUUCAACCUACAGACACAACUAUGGUGAUCCCAUUCCCCUAAAGCACUUGACAGACAGGGUGUCCGGCUACGUUCAUGCCCAUACACUGUACAGUUACGCUCGUCCCUUUGGUGUGUGCAUGAUCAUGGGCUCCAUGGAGCAGGGAGGACCUCAGAUGUACCUUGUUGAGCCCUCGGGUGUUUCCUGGGGAUACCAUGGUUGCGCCAUAGGAAAAGCAAAACAAAAUGCCAAGACUGAAAUAGAAAAAUUGAAGAUGAAGGACCUAUCGAUCCAAGACCUUGUGAAAGAAGUAGCAAAAAUAAUCUACAUCGUGCAUGAUGAAGUCAAGGACAAAUCUUUCGAACUGGAGCUCAGCUGGGUGGGAGAAGUUACUGGAGGUAAACAUGAACUGGUGCCCCCUGAGGUAUUCAUAGAGGCUGAGAAGUAUGCCAAGGAGGCAUUGGAAGAAUCUGAUGACUCUGAUGAGGAAGACUUGUAACGACUGUACAUAGACUCAUCUACAUAAAAGCUCUCCGCAGUUUUUGUAUGAAAGAGAAGAGAGGAUCCACCAAAUUCUCUGUUUGUCAGUGUUACUGCAUGUGAAAUUUGUGCUUGAUUGAGAGAAAGAUUGCUGUUUGUGGAUUUGGUACAAGGUUGUUGGUUUUUUGUGAUUAAUAAAUGGAUUUGUCACUUAAAACUGAUACACAUAUUUUUGUCUUUAUCAAAUUUCAUUUAAUUAAGUUUUCAUGUUGGAGUGUUUAUUUUCUCUCACAUUUUCUUACUUCUCCAUUUUCGCUCACACAAUUACUCUACUUUAUAGUGUUUCUGUUUUUAGUUUAAUAAGUAAACAUUCAGGGAAAUUUUGUACCAGUUUGGGUUGGAAAACACAAGGGUUAUGUGUGUCUGAGAGAUAUGAACAAAAUGAUAAAUAAAUUGUUCUCUGCUUCAGACUUUAAAAAUGUGAACAUAUAUUUUGAAUUGGAGUAGAGGAGCAAAGCAUAGUGGAUUGGAGACCCAGCAGCAAGUUCUGCUAACAAUAAUGGGGAUGUGUUUUCACUGUUAAAGAUGGGCUCAGUUUUCAUGAUAUUGUCUCUUUUCAUCAUAAUGAUCGUCAUGUGGAUAUGUGAGGCAUACGAGAGGCUGUGUAAGUCAACUGGCUGCUAUGGUUUGUUUUAAUAAAGAUGGUCAUUGAUGUUGCUGA